CAAUAUGAAAUGUAAAAUGUAAAUCUUCUUAUUAUUACAUGCACUGUUUGGAUUUGCGGAUCGAGGCCUCUUCAAUUCAACUAUUUCGAUUCGAUCCCCAAACAAACAUUUUGGGUUGGACUUUGGUCCUUCCUUCGUUCAACUUCUCACUCUCACACUCUCUUUCCUUCUUCUUCUUCUUCCUGGAUUCUGGAUUCGCAUUCGCUAACACACCUUCCUCAUACUACUACAACUACAACAAUGGGGAUCAAAGAACGAAGCUUUUGGACAUGGCUCACUGCUUCACUCUUUUUCAGGCUAAUUCUCAUAUAUUUUCCCAACAAUCUCAACCUCGCUUCCCGUCCCGAAAUCUCCACCCCAAUCACCAGCCUCCGUCGCUUGGCUGAGGGUUACUGGCUCAAACAGUCAUCAUUGUCUCCUUACGCAGGAUCCAUGUAUCAUGGUUCUCCUUUGCUACUCUCUCUUCUUGGGCCACUCACAGUGAAAAGAAAUGGAGGACAACCCAAUCAUCUUUUAUGCGGUUUGGUAUUUGUGAUUGCAGAUGUUGUAAAUGCAAUGCUUAUUCGAGCUAUUGGUCAGGUUCUACAGACUUCAUAUAAUCAGCGUUUGAAAUCACUAGGCCUUGAUGCAAUAUCCAAAAGAUCUGAGAUCCUUCCUUCUCGAGAUAUUGCUGCUCUUGUCUACUUAUGGAAUCCUUAUACAAUAGUAGCAUGUGUUGGUUUAUCAACAUCCCCAAUAGAAAAUAUGGCUGUCAUAUUGUCUCUUUAUGGAGCAUGUACAUGUAAAGCUCCGUUAGCAGCUUUUGGAUGGGUCAUGGCUACACAUCUUUCCCUUUAUCCGGUGAUUCUAGUUAUUCCUGUAAUUCUUAUAUUAGGAUAUGGUCCUGAAACUCCUCCCAGAAAAUUGCUUAGGCUAAGGAAAUAUGGCAAAAUUGAAGAUGUUCCCUCAAGUGAUCACAGCCGUCAACCACGAGAAGCAAAGAAGCAGCAAGACCAAGCCUACAACUUUUCUUGGAGACCAGUUGUAAAGUUCAUAGUAUGGUCUAUGAUAUGGUUAGUCUAUGUGAUAGUUCUAUGUGGUCUGAGUGUUAGACAGUAUGGUGGCCUUGAAGAGAUGUUUAAGAGAACCUAUGGGUUCAUCCUUACAGUGCCAGAUUUGUCUCCAAAUAUAGGUGUAUUAUGGUACUUCUUUGCUGAAGUUUUUGAUUUUUUCAGAAAUUUCUUUCUGAUUGUUUUCCACAUGAACAUUUUGUUCAUGAUAUUUCCGCUGGCUAUAAGGCUGAAUCACCGCCCUUGCUUUCUGGCCUUUGCGUAUAUUGCAAUCUCUUCAAUGCUAAAGUCUUACCCUUCAGUUGGGGAUUCAGCACUUUACCUUGGUUUGUUGGGAUUGUUUGUUAAUGAACUAGCAGAUAUGCAGUUCUCAUUUUUCCUCUUCUGCGCUUAUGUUGGGGUUUCCCUUCUCAGCCCUGUGAUGCACAACCUGUGGAUAUGGAGGGGAACUGGGAAUGCAAAUUUCUACUUUGCAACUGCCAUGGCUUACGCUUGCUUGCAGAUAGUUUUGGUGGUUGAGAGUGUAAGCGCUAUGCUCAAUCAUGACAGGAAGUUAACAAAGCUAUUAAAUGCAAAGUAUCAAGAUGGCAAGUCUUGAGCAUCUUUUUUGACCAUACAAACUUGUCGAACAAAGAUGAUCCUUCAAAGUUCAUACCACUGAUAGGUUGUAGCACUAUGCUGGUGUUGAUCGCCAACUUAUUAACCAACAUACUCAAGCAAAAGUUUUUAAGACAACUUCAUGGAUGGAAAGCUGAUGCGUCCUCAGAAAAGCUUUCCCUUUCGACGAGAUCAUUUACUAUCAGCACUUUGAUGGGGUUCAUCACUGAAUUUAGGGAUAUAGUGAUUACACAACAAGAACUAGUCGAAUUUAUUUAAUUUUUAAAUACUGAUUUAGAAGAAGAGAAAGUUAUGAGGAAGAGACAAGUUCAUAUUGUUUUAUCUUUAUUAAAGAAUAGCAGAGUUCAUUUUAUGCAGGUCCAAUUUUCUUGUUUUUGUCCUUCGUCAAUGCUUGUUUUGUUUUGUACUUAUUAUUCUUGCUUAAAACAUUGCUCAGUGAUGUUUCUGAUAA